GAUCGGAGGACAGGACGGGCUCGACGAUCUCAACAAGCGACUCUUGCCUCUGUCGUCGGCGGCUGACACUCUAACUCCUCAACAAUCUCUCCACUCUCUCCGACGGUGAUCUUGAGGUUUCUGGUGAAGCGACUAUGGUGCACCAGAAGGAGCCGCCUAGCCAGUAUGGUCUGCCGAACUCCUCUACCGGCAUCCACCCGUCCUUUGACCAGGUACGGGCGGUGGCUAUGCUCGACGACUUGCACAUGAUGGUAUGGUGGGGUGGUGGUUGUGGUGGAAAUGGUUGUUGGUGGUGGCGUCGCCUGGCUGGACUGCGGUGGUUGCUGUUGAUCGUUGGGGGGCUUGCUGUAUGUCUCACAGCAACGGAGGAUAGGCAGGGUGUUAGCGGCGGAUGCAGCAACGGAGGAGGAGCCGCUGUCAGUGUUACUGCUUUCUUUGAAGCGUCUGCAGUGGCUAUCUGGGCCGCGCGAAGGAUAUGCUUUUCGAGGCGAGCGGUGGGUCACUGGCCCUUGCCGACGAUGGAGCAGAUAGCGUUUCAAACAAAGGCUAGCCUACGGGUGGCUCUUGCGAACAUCACACACUACUCCCACUUUCCUCAACCCUCUAUGCUCGGGUGCCUGCCCCUCUCCGUUUUGUGUGUACCCCCUUCCUUCGCCAGGUGUCAUAACGGCGUUUUCCGCUUUGACCUCAUCCUGGCGCUCGUCUGUCAAAAGUAUCCGCAGAUUAGGUCUCAUAGUGCAUGGUGUGGCCUUACCACGUGGCGGGGACAGAAGUUCAAGGUACAAUGCUAGUCGCAGAGACGCGGAAAUGCGUAGCCCUCUACGUACGCUGCACUGGGUUCACCUCAAAACAUCACAUAGUACGGAGGCGUCGAGCAGCAACGCGAAGCGCCAUGCCCAGGGAACAGUACUGCUGCCUUAGGCACUAAGACCAGAGCGCUCCUAACCCUUCUAGGCAGGUACCCGCAUAUGGCUGGA